AUGAAAACCCUAGAACGGGAGAGAUUUCAUACCCAAAAAAUCUCUUCCUUCUAUCUUCCCCCAUUCUCUCCAUUCUCUCUCAACACUUCCCAAUCUUUCCCUCAUUCAAUUCAAAUUUCCAAUUUUCAAGAUCCGGUGAAUUUUUCAUUAUUUUAUGGUAAGAAGAUUGUGAUGCCGCUAGGUUUACCGCAAAGCGAUUCCAUUCAGAUUCGCGAAGUGUGGAACGAUAAUCUUGAAGCAGAGUUCGCUUUAAUCCGGGAAAUCGUCGAUGCUUAUCCUUACAUAGCAAUGGAUACAGAAUUCCCUGGAAUUGUUCUUCGUCCGGUUGGUAGUUUCAAGAACAGUUACGAUUUUCAUUAUCAAACCCUAAAAGACAACGUGGACAUGCUCAAGCUUAUUCAAUUGGGGCUCACUUUCUCCGAUGAGCAAGGCAACCUUCCGACUUUCAGCCAUAAGGAUGACGAUGAUAAGUUGUUCUGUAUCUGGCAAUUCAAUUUCAGAGAGUUCAAUGUGAAUGAGGAUAUUUUUGCGAAUGAUUCAAUAGAGCUUUUGAGACAGUGUGGGAUUGAUUUCGAGAAGAAUAACGAGAACGGGAUUGAUGCCAGGAGAUUCGGCGAGCUUUUGAUGUCUUCUGGGAUUGUUUUGAAUGAUAGUGUUCAUUGGGUGACUUUUCACAGUGGGUAUGAUUUUGGUUAUUUGUUGAAGUUAUUGACUUGUCAGGAUUUGCCUGAAACACAAGUUGGGUUCUUUAAUUUGAUCAACAUGUAUUUCCCUACUGUGUAUGAUAUCAAACAUUUGAUGAGGUUUUGCAAUAGUCUUCAUGGAGGCUUGAACAAGCUUGCGGAGUUGUUGGAGGUUGAGAGAGUUGGGGUUUGUCAUCAAGCGGGCUCCGACAGUUUGCUCACGUCGUGUACAUUCAUGAAAUUGAAAGAAAAUUUCUUUAGUGGAUCUUUGGAAAGAUAUGCAGGGGUAUUGUAUGGGUUAGGUCUUGAGAAUGGACAGAGUACUCAUUAA